AUGAAUGCAUUAAAAAAAUUUUUUUACAAAAUUAUUUUUCGCGAAGCACCAACAGAAGUUCCAGCAGAUGUUAAUCUACAUGAACGAGAUCUUUGCUUUAUAUGCAAAGAUAAUAUUGACCCAACACUUAAGGAUCAAUGUUCACUAUGCCAAGAAGAGUAUAAUGAGUCAACUGAGCUUGGAAAUUGUUAUAGUCAAGAAAGCACUCAAGGAAUUUCUACUCAGUUGGAUAACAAUCUUCAAAUUGAUUCUGAAGAUAGUUCGGAAGAAAUAAACAUUCAAAUCUCUCGACAAGCCAGCUCUAUUGAAUCGUUAAUAAACUCUGAAUCUGAUACUUCUAUUACAACUUCACCUAUUUCUACUACGUUUGCACCUAUAUUUAUCACUAUUACCACAUCUACAUCCACCACCACUACUACCAAUAUCACGACUUCUGCACCUGCACUUAUAUCGACUACUACAACUUCUGCACCUAUCUUAUCUGUGCCUAAAUCUGCUACCGAUAUUAUAUUUUUCACACCUGCACCUACUACUACCGAUUUCAUGACUUCUGCACCUGCUACCAAUAUCAUGACUUUCACAUCUGUACCUACGCCUACACCUGCAUCUUCUACUACCAAUUUCACGACCUCCGCACCUGCUACCAAUAUCACGACUUUCAUAUCUGCACCUACUACUACCGAUUUCAUGACUUCCGCACCUGCUACCAAUAUCAUGACUUCCACACCU